GUAACAAGCGUACGCGUCCACGGCUGCGUGGCGCGGUCACGCGGUUGGUUGUGCUGUCACGAGCCUUAUCCGUGCCACGGAGAGGAGGCUGGAGAAUUAGAGCGGACAUCAAUUAUACAGGACAUCUUAUUUACCGUGUUUAGUGCGUGAUAAAGAGAGCAAGGCUAGCACUUCAUAACGCUGCUCUGCCGUUAAGACUCUCUACCGAGCUAUUCCGGUCAACCGGUGAUGUAUUCCAGCAUUUGAAUGAUAUUGCUAGCCAGCUAGCUAGCUAGCUGUUGAGCUAGCUGUACGGUGCGUGACUCGGAGUAAGUUAACGUUAAAUUCUCGGACGUUAUUUUUAUUAACACACCUGACUGCGUCCACCUAAGACACAGCCUAACAGGGGGUAGUUUUAACUUCAGUCAGUUAGAGCUGUAGGUGUCGUGCGCGUCGCUUCUGUCCUAACCAGAUAAGGAUUGAAUGAAAUAACGUUAGCUUGCCACAGGCAGCGGAAACGAGCCAGUUAACAGGGAUAACGUUAACUUAUCCUGCUGCUGGCUGAUCCACCGCCAUCCAGCUAAUCUAGCACAUGCUAUCUGAGCUAGCCACCCACAGACACACAGUCAGCCCGUUAGGUCACUACCAGUCAUUAAGUUGUAGCCAGAGACCGGACCUGCGAGGUAGCUAGCUCCUACCAAACGUCAAGUUGGCCAUCUUCCGCUCCAGUCCAGUUUGAAAGGCUGACCAGCGUCAGGUCGUUUUUACGGAUAAGGCCGGAGUGAAGACAGAAACCUGCAAACAUGCCGGCUGUGUCGAAAGGAGAUGGAAUGCGCGGAUUAGCUGUUUUCAUUUCGGACAUUAGAAACUGUAAGAGUAAGGAAGCCGAGAUCAAACGGAUCAAUAAAGAGCUGGCCAACAUUCGCUCCAAGUUUAAAGGAGACAAGGCUCUGGAUGGCUACAGCAAGAAGAAAUAUGUCUGCAAGCUGCUCUUCAUCUUCCUGCUUGGCCAUGACAUUGACUUUGGACACAUGGAGGCAGUCAACCUGCUCAGCUCCAACAAGUACACAGAGAAACAGAUAGGCUACCUGUUCAUCUCUGUGCUGGUGAACAGCAACAGUGAGCUGAUCCGUCUCAUCAACAACGCCAUCAAGAAUGACCUGUCCAGCCGCAACCCCACCUUCAUGUGCCUGGCUCUUCACUGUAUCGCAAACGUAGGAAGCCGUGAGAUGGCUGAGGCCUUUGCGAGUGAGAUCCCUCGGAUCCUGGUUGCUGGUGAUACGAUGGACAGUGUGAAACAGUCAGCUGCCCUGUGUCUGCUGCGGCUUUACAAGACUUCUCCUGACUUGGUGCUGAUGGGUGAGUGGACGUCACGCGUGGUGCACCUGCUCAACGACCAACACAUGGGUGUGGUGACAGCAGCCAUCUCUCUCAUCACCUGUCUGAGCCAGAAGAAUCCAGAUGAGUUCAAGACCUGUGUUUCCCUGGCUGUUUCCCGACUCAGCAGGAUUGUGUCGUCAGCCUCUACUGACCUGCAGGAUUACACCUACUACUUUGUGCCAGCACCGUGGCUCUCCUGCAAGCUGCUGCGCCUGCUGCAGUGCUACCCUCCACCAGAAGAUGGUGCUGUCAAGGGCCGUCUGGUAGAGUGUCUGGAGACCAUCCUCAACAAGGCACAGGAGCCCCCCAAAUCAAAGAAGGUCCAGCAUUCUAACGCCAAGAAUGCAAUCUUGUUUGAGGCCAUCUCACUUAUCAUCCACUACGACAGUGAGCCAAACCUGCUGGUGCGAGCCUGUAACCAGUUGGGCCAGUUCCUGCAGCACAGAGAGACUAACCUGCGCUACCUGGCUCUGGAGAGCAUGUGUACCCUGGCCAGCUCUGAGUUUUCCCACGAAGCUGUCAAGACACACAUCGAAACGGUCAUCAACGCCCUCAAGACUGAGAGGGACGUGAGUGUUCGACAGAGGGCGGCUGAUCUGCUGUACGCCAUGUGUGAUCGCAGCAAUGCCAAGCAGAUCGUAGCCGAGAUGCUCAGCUACCUUGAGACGGCAGACUACUCCAUCAGAGAAGAGAUGGUGCUGAAAGUGGCCAUACUUGCAGAGAAGUACGCCGUCGAUUACUCCUGGUACGUGGACACCAUUCUCAACCUCAUCCGCAUUGCUGGAGACUAUGUCAGCGAAGAGGUGUGGUAUCGCGUCAUUCAGAUCGUCAUCAACCGAGACGAUGUGCAGGGCUACGCCGCGAAAACGGUCUUUGAGGCCUUGCAGGCUCCUGCCUGCCAUGAGAACAUGGUGAAGGUUGGAGGCUACAUUUUGGGAGAGUUUGGAAAUCUAAUUGCUGGCGACCCACGCUCCAGCCCCCUGGUCCAGUUCAACCUUCUCCACUCCAAGUUCCAUCUGUGCUCCGUGCCGACUCGCGCCCUGCUGCUGUCAGCCUACAUCAAGUUUAUCAACCUGUUCCCAGAGACCAAGGCCACCAUCCAGGAGGUGCUGCGCUGUGACAGCCAGAUCCGUAACUCUGACGUGGAACUGCAGCAGCGUGCUGUCGAGUAUCUGAAGCUCUCUUCCAUUGCUAGCACCGAUGUCCUGGCCACUGUCCUGGAGGAGAUGCCUCCCUUCCCAGAGAGGGAGUCGUCAAUCCUGGCCAAGCUGAAGAAGAAGAAAGGGCCUGGUGCUGUGUCUGUGACAGAACUGGAAGACAACAAAAGGGAGGGCGGGGAGUUGAAUGGAGGGGGCGACCGGGGGCCAGACACCGCAGCCAUGGCUGCCUCCAACGCUUCCACCCCGUCACCAUCAGCAGACCUCCUUGGGAUUCGUUCUGCUGCUCCUGUUGGUGCCCCCCCAGCCAGCACUGGCAGCUUAUUGGUGGAUGUGUUCUCUGAAGCAGGGCCUGCUGCACCCUCUGCUGCUGUGAACGAUGACGGCUUCCUAAGAGAUCUGGAACAGCCCACCGAGACCUCUGAUUCCCUAUUGGUGGAGGGUUCUGGUGACUCGGACUCUGCUCCUCCCUCUGAGGAUCCUGCUCCUCCUCUGUCUGAGGCAGACGAACUUCUUAACAAGUUUGUGUGCAAGAACAAUGGGGUUCUGUUUGAGAAUCAGCUGCUACAGAUCGGCAUCAAGUCAGAGUAUCGUCAGAAUCUGGGGAGGAUGUACUUAUUCUAUGGUAACAAGACAUCAGUGCAGUUUGCCAGCUUUACCACCACAGUCAGCUGUCCCGGGGAUCUGCAGUCUCAGCUCAACGUUCAGACCAAACCAGUGGAGCCACUGGUGGAGGGUGGAGCUCAGAUCCAGCAGGUCCUCAACAUUGAGUGUCUCACUGACUUCUCGGAUGCCCCCCUGCUCAACAUCAAGUUCAGGUAUGGAGGAGCUCUGCAGAACCUGACCCUGAAGCUGCCUGUCACCAUCAACAAGUUCUUCCAGCCAACUGAGAUGUCCUCACAUGACUUCUUCCAGCGCUGGAAACAGCUCAGCCAGCCUCAGCAAGAAGCACAAAAGAUAUUCAAGGCCAACCACAGCAUGGACACUGAAGUACUGAAGGCUAAGCUUCUUGGACUAGGAACGGCCCUACUGGACAACGUCGAUCCAAACCCAGAGAACUAUGUGUGUGCUGGAGUGAUCCAGACCAAGAGCCAGCAGGUCGGUUGUCUGCUAAGACUGGAGCCCAACGCCCAGGCACAGAUGUACCGUCUGACUCUGCGCUGCAGCAAGGACUCUGUGUCCCGGCGUCUGUGCGAGCUGCUGGCCCAACAGUUCUAGAGUCCAGACCUCCACCAUGACCAGUACUCCCAUCAUCCCCACCAGCGUCCUCUCCCUCAAGCCCUCCUGCCACACCUCUCCUCCUCCCUCCAACAAAGAAUCUUUGAGUAAAAAAAGGUGUAACCGACAUAAGGGAAAAGCAGCAGCUGCCAGCAGCAGCAGCAGCAAUAUUAUUGUCCUUAUUCCUGUCCCAGAUUCUGAUUCCAGUUCAUCUUCUACUUGUUUAUUAACAUGAUGCUACAUUCUUCUUUCUGUUGGUGUUUACCUGUGUAGCUGGUGUGUGUGUGUGUGUGUGUGUGUGUGUGUGGCCAGGAGUGUGUGUGUGUAUGUUUGUGUCCCAUGGUUGUGCUGGGGUCUCAUUCUGCUUCAUCCUGAGUGCUCUGUCGGACUGAUGCUGUGUGUGUGUGUGUGUGUGUGUGUGUGUGAGUGAGAGAGAGAGAGAGACAGACAGAGACAGAGAGAGAGAUUAGGUUUGAAUCAGUAGAACAUUCCAUGAAGUCAAAUGGGAGAAGCUGUUUAUCACACACUCACACACACACACACUCACACACUAGUAGAAGGUCUCCAUGAGUCCCUGUGGCUCUGGUGGACCCACCAGUGAAGUGGACCUGAGGGGUCCAGCUCUCUGAUCUCAGCUGCUUCUGCCCACUCAUUUCCAAACAUUCCCUAUCAAGAUGCACUUAAGGUGUUGGGAUCCACUCCAGCAUGACCCCCCCCUCCCCGACCUUUCCUGUCCCUGUAAUGAGCAGCCGUUCAUUUCAGUCAGCUCCACCUGUUUAUGUUAUUGAUGUGUCUGUAAAUAUGUGCCAGUGAUUACGUUCCUGCUUUCUUAGACAUUCCCAUCACGCUUGUUUAGAAGGCCUGUGGUUGUCUGAGCCACGCCGCCCAAAGAGAAGGUUGGCACAGGGUGCACUCUAUGUAGAUGACGGGUGCAGGGACGAGACCUGUAGUGUCAGAACAGACUCCAGACCUGUCUGAGACUGUCUGCUCACAGCUCCAGGUGUCUGCCUGUGUGUGAGCUCUUUUACCGGAGGUGAGGAGGUUUAUCAGAUGUACACAUGACCCACUAACCACAGGCUUCUCACCUCUGAUAUCCUCUCUCUGGUUAGACUGCACCUGAAGCUCACCUGUGUACAAAGUUUUCCUUCUGCAUCUUCUUCUCCAGGACAACCUGCACACAGGUGAGAUUCAGGCUUUACUGUGUGUAAAAGCAGCAGGCUUUAGUUUGACAUGAAAAAAGACUGCAGAGAUGAGGACUGACUGGCUGUUUGACAACGGCCUGGUUAAGUUCCCCACCUCUGAUAUGAACAGUGCACUGCCGCUUCUCUCUGGGAAUGAGGAGGAGACAGACCCAAACAGGAUGACUCCAUCUUAGAGCCUCCAUCUACUGACUGGUUGACUUAAUUCUCCACCUCAGUGGAGACAUGUCCCUGGCUUCUCCUUAAGUAUUUCAUGGCUGCAGAGGAUGCUGCUACUGGCUCAGGCUGCUGGACCAGGGUCCACAUGGAGCCCACAGCACCAUGUUCAGCUGAAAGGAUAAAGAGCUGUGUAGUGAGGCAGUGAAGCUGCAGGAGCUGAAUCCAGCACCAACCUCCAGUAUGUGUGACACACAUGUUCAUGUUCCUCCAGCCAAGCCUUCAGAGAAGAGGUCAGAGUCAGUCUGAUGUACACAACCACUUAGUGUUCAGACAGCACUGAGAUGUUGAGCAGCCUCACAGUCUGUAGAUUAAUGCAUUCAGCUGUCCAGCUCUUCCUGGGCUUCCUGUCACGCACAAAUACUGAUGCUGUGGGAGAGGACAGGAUGUAAGACACCCAGAUGUCCAUGACAACUACCGGGGACUCUGUAUAUGUGUGUGAAUGUGAGUGUGGCUGUCAGCAGGUUAAAAAAAAAGAAAAAAAAAGCCUAAAGACAUUUCUAAUACAUGGUCACAUUACAUUCUGUGGCUGCACGGCAAUCACAGGACAUUGAACUUUGUAGUGGAAAAUGUAGUCAUUUUGUCAUUCUGUGAGUGUGUGUAUGUGAGUUUGUGUGUGUGUGGGUGUGUGUCUAUGCAGUAUCCACUAGCUAAUGCAGCCUCAUGUAUCGGUGUUAAGAACCUGUCCAAUACCUGUGUUAGAAUUAAGAUUUACUCUGUAAUGAAGAAAUGUGAAAGUAAAACUAUGCCAUAUAUCCGA